GUCUGGAAACAGCCAAUCACAUUGGUCCAUUUUGGACCGGAAGCUGUGUUGUUUACAUUUUCUAAGAUGGCGGCGGGGAUGUAUUUGGAGCAUUAUUUGGACAGUAUCGAAAACCUGCCAUUCGAGUUGCAGAGAAACUUCAAUUUAAUGCGAGAUCUAGAUCAACGCACUGAGGAUCUAAAGGGGCAGAUAGACUCUCUUGCCAAAGAGUACACUGCCAAUGCCCGAACUCUUUCCUCAGAGCAAAAACUGUCCAUACUAAGGCAGAUUCAGCAGUCUUACAGUAAAUGCAAGGAGUUUGGAGAUGAUAAAGUGCAACUGGCCAUGCAGACCUAUGAAAUGGUCGACAAACACAUCAGACGUCUUGAUACAGACCUGGCUCGGUUCGAGGCUGACCUGAAGGAGAAGCAGAUUGAGAGCACAGACUAUGAUUCCACCUCCAGUAAGGGGAAGAAAGUUGACACCAGACAGAAGGAAAAGAAGACGGCUAAAACAAGGUCUAAAGUGAAGAGUUCAGAUGAAGAUGGCAGUCCCAAGAGCGCACAGAAGAAAGUCAAACUCCUUCAGCCGGGAGAAUUCAACAGCCCAACGGCUAAUUUUGGGAAUGUGCACCCCUCUGAUGUGCUGGACAUGCCAGUGGACCCCAACGAACCAACUUACUGUCUGUGCCAUCAGGUCUCUUACGGCGAGAUGAUCGGCUGUGACAACACUGAUUGCUCCAUUGAGUGGUUCCAUUUUGCCUGUGUGGGCCUGACAACCAAACCAAGAGGAAAAUGGUAUUGUCCACGAUGCUCUCAAGAUAGAAAGAGAAAAUAAAAACACCUGGUUAACCUGGAACGAAAUGUGGACUUGGAUCAGACGGAGAGGGAGAAGAGUAUUUCUUCAUUAGUUAAUAGACUUUUUUGUUCUCAUCUUCCUUAACAAUUUGGUGCUUUUUCUUUCGGUUUACAUCAUUUGCUUUGUUCUGAUGCAGUGUGUGUGUGUGUGUGAAGGAGCCAAGUGGUUACAAUUGUAUUUAAAUAUUGAUUUUUUUUUUUGAUUUUUUUUUACAUUUCUUUUUUAGUUUUCUUUGGUGCUCUUAUUGUGACUUUUUUAUGACUGCAUAUUAAACACUACAGCUGCCAUGGAUAGUUAAACAGUUCUAAUGGGACACACAACAUACAACAUUCAGGUGUUCAAUCAGAAACAGAAUUAUUUUCUUGGACAACGGUUCAGUCAUGGAUACAUUUUGGCUUUGUUGUAUAGUUAGUUUUUUGUGCUUAGCCUUGAAACACUAGUGUUAUGAUUUAUGUAUAACAAAAGGGCAAAAAAAUGAAUACAAAUGCUGCAUCCUGACAGUAUUAGGCAACUGUGGUAGUGAGUUUAACUAUUUCAUUUUAACAUUUGAUUGAGUGCUGUAUAGAAAGUAAGACAUUAUGUGAAAAGUAUUGUCAUUUCUGUAGCUGAAACAUUGGUACAAGGAAGAGGGGGUGCUUGUGUUGUCAAUCAUUUGAAUACAGCUACUACCUCAAAAA